AAAGAAACACGAGAACCGUAAAAUCUCAGACCUCCUUUCACUAUUUCGGAUAAUAAGAUUAUUCAAUAAUAAUUUGGGACGAAUCUGAAAUCUGAUAUUCUAGGGUUUACGACUCGAUCAGUCCCCAAUAUCGUAAUGGGAUUUGCCGUUGUCGUUCUCCGAUUUUAACUUCUAAUCGUCGAAUCUUCCACACAAUACCCAUGUUUUCGAUUUUGAUAUCCUUUCGCGACAUCGACGUUGAUCUCACUGAUCUCUGAAUCUUGGAGAGCAUUGUCUUACUUCAAAGAUACGAAAACCCUGUAGUGUAUGACUCUACAAAUACAUAACUCCAAUCCCCUCUGGCUACAUUCAGUGGAAAGUGUUUGUUGAUCCGGAUUAAUGAGGAAGAAAAGGAAAGGAAGUGAAGGUGAUCAGUGCCCAAAUGUGGCGGAAGAAGUAGCACCAGCUCGUGAUUCACGACCAUCAAAUCUUAGGUCUCAUUAUUCGCUAGAAGAUUAUGCUAGGUUAAAGAAGAGGUGCAAAGAAGAUGCGGACACCGAACCUAAUAAUUCUUGCAAAAGUAGGCUUGCAGGCAUUGCUACUGCUCCACCCUGCGGUGCCUCAUUAUUGGUACCACCAGGAAGGGGUCUUAAGAGGAAGAUAGGGUGCAUUGAUGUUGCUACCCAGACGGGUCGAAAAAACAAGAUUGAAGAUGACUAUUUUUCAGGUGCCACAAUUGGGCAUGGUAAAUUUGGGUCUGUUUGGUUGUGCAGGUCAAAGGUAAGUGGGGCAGAUUUUGCAUGUAAGACUUUGCAAAAAGGUGAGGAGACCGUUCAUAGGGAGGUGGAGAUAAUGCAGCACUUGUCAGGGCAUCCUGGAGUUGUGACGUUGCAUUCUGUGUAUGAGGAGACAGAGUGUUUUCAUCUUGUGAUGGAGUUGUGCUCUGGAGGACGUUUGAUUGACCAGAUUGUGAAGGAAGGACGGUAUUCAGAACAACGUGCUGCGAAUAUAUUCAAGGAUGUGAUAUCCGUUGUUAAGUAUUGUCAUGACAUGGGUGUUGUACACAGAGAUAUAAAGCCAGAGAACAUAUUACUUACAACAACAGGAAAGAUAAAGCUUGCAGAUUUUGGCCUUGCAAUGAGAAUUUCAAAUGGUCAAACAUUGUCUGGUUUAGCUGGAAGUCCAGCUUACGUUGCCCCAGAAGUUCUGUUGGGGGAUUAUUCAGAGAAGGUUGACAUAUGGAGUGCUGGAGUACUUUUGCAUGUGCUUCUGGUUGGAUCACUUCCAUUUCAGGGAGACUCCUUACAGGCAGUUUUUGAGGCAAUAAAAAAUGCAAAGCUUGAUUUUAACUCGGGUGGAUGGGAGUUAAUAUCUAAACCUGCACGUGAUUUGAUAGGAAGGAUGCUUACAAGGGAUGUUACUGCAAGGAUAACGGCUGAGGAAGUGUUGAGGCAUCCUUGGGUUCUGUUCUACACAGAGCGCACUUUGAAGACGUUAUCUAUCAGGUCAAAAUUGAAGAAUCAAGCUGGGGAACCUUCUCGCCCACUAGCUGGUGCACGUGACUCCAACUUUGACAGCAGCAAGAUAAAUUGCGGUUCCAUCUGUGAGGGUUCGAUUUUGCAUUCAUCGUCAGAAAGUUCUAGCUGUGAGUCAGUAGAAAAGGAUGAAAGUGGUCUUGUUGAUGCACUUGCGGUGGCAAUUUCUAACGUGAGAAUUUCUGAGCCAAAGAGGAGCAAGCUGUGUGGGCCAACAGGCCCGAUCGAGCAGCAAUAUUCAUCUAACUUGACCGCUAGCAAUCUCUGUAGAGCAUUUUGAUCCUGCUGACAGACUGACACCUCUAACAUCAUUACAUCCAAUGUUUUUCAGUUGAGGACUGAAGAUUAGUGGGCACCGUAGCUAAUUUCUGUGGGGAAAGACGAGUACAAGCCUAGACAACUGUGUCUUGUAAGUAUGGCGUUAUUUCUUGUCCAUUGAUUUGACUGUAAUUCCUUUCCUUUUUCAUGUUUAUAUUGUUACCCAAUAAUGGUACUACUGGAUUAACUGAGAAGAUUAUGUACAGAAUCUGUAAAUGCGAGGGUGGCUUUCUUAAAUUUUGCUGCUGGUUGUACAGUUCAUUGCUAUUUUUCCGCAGGAGAUGGCUGUGAGCUUUUUGAAAGCACCGUGGCAGAUCCUUAACUCAACUUGGAAUAACAUGGUUUCAAUUAUAUUCCU